CUUUCUCUUCGGCGAAAACCCCACAACCACCGACCAGAGAUGGCCGCGGUGAAACCCCAACCCCAUUUCUCGCCGCACGCCACCUUCUCCGCGCCCGAUGCCGGACCUGCCGACACCGGUUUCGCCGUCUUCCGCCUCCUCCUGCCCUCGUCCUUCUCCGACGCCGACACCAUGCGCCUCUACGCCGCCGUCAACCCGUUGCGCCGCCGCACUGCCACGCUGCAGGUCCGCGUCGAGCCCCUCGACCCCGCCUCCGCGGGCGGCCGUGUCGUCGCCGCCAUAGUUGGCCCCACCGUCCCCGUCCGCCGCGUCGAGGCCUCGUCCUCGUCCGCGGAGCCCCUCGCGCUCUCGCCGGCGCAGGAGGCGCUAGUCGCCGUGAUUGAUACCGAGGGCGCGCUCUGCUGCGCAGUCGAGAAGGAGGCUCGCGGCAAGGCCCGUCCCGGGUGCAUCACGUGCCUGCUCCUGGUCGAUGCUGACCGGCUCGAAGCUUCGACCGGGAGAGGCGUCAUGGAGAGGAUCGCCCUGGAGGCCGGCGCCGACGUGCGCGUCGCGAUGUGGGAGGAGGGCGCGCAGCCGCCACGGGGGCAGCCGCUUGAGGAGGUUGUCGAGAUAACUGGAGAUAGAACAGCUGUAAGGAAAGCUCUAGUUGCUUUGUCUAGCUUUCUUCAAGGUGACCUUCCAAUCGGUAACUCAACAACUUAUGUUAAGAAAGAAGGUUCAAUACUCCCAUGGGCAUCUUCAGAAGUACCUGGGCCUAAUAUGGGGGCUUCGUGCUCAGAGGCAUCCACAGAGUUUGCACAAGGCAGUGUUGCUAAGACUCAUUGUCCAGAAGGUAAUACAGGAGAUGCUCAAAGUAAAACUCUUCAGCAAGUUUCAUUCAGGCUUCUCUUGCCUACCUAUCUUGCUGGAGGUUUGAUUGGCAAGAAGGGCUUGAUUAUCAAAGGCAUUGAAGUUGAAACUGGUGCUUGUAUUGAUGUUGGUGCACCUGUCGCUGGUUGCAAGGAACGUGUAAUAACAAUUUGCGCCCUAGAGAGCCCAGACUCGGAAUAUCAUAUAGUGCAAAGUGCACUACUUCUCAUAUUUGACAGGAUGAUGGAGAUGGAAACCAAUACACACUCAACAUUUGAGAAAGCAUCUCAAUUCUUGGUCAGAGUCCUUGUGCUCAAAAACCAGUUUGGCUGUUUAGUUGGUUUGGGUGGUUCUAUAAUCAAGGAAAUGGUGAAUACAACAGGAGCAAGAAUUCAAAUAUUGGACGAUACAGAAAUUCCGGCUUGUGCCUCUACCUUUGAACUAGUUGUACAGAUCACUGGGGAGCUAAUGAAUAUAAGGAAUGCUUUAUCCCUUGUUUUCUGGAAACUUCGUAACCAUAUUUUCUCCAAUGAAACCGACUACAACAAUUCCCAUAUUUCCUCUUCAGAAAUUGCUGAAUCAAAUGCAACCAGCCAGGCGAAUAUUUAUUCAACAAUCCAAUAUUCAGUGGACAAUGGCCAUAAGGUUGAUCAUAGAUCCCCUCUCAGUUAUGGAGUGGACUCUGUGGAAAAGUCUUUCAGUGAUUUAGAGCUCAGUUCUUCAGAAAUUCAGAAACCUGAUAACGGGAAUGGUGUCAGGAUCAACAAUUCAGAUAGCGGGAUUCAGAACCCUAGUGACUGGAAUGGCAUUGUAACCAAUAACUUAAAUGAUGGAAUUAUUUCUUCAGAUGAAAACAAUCUUGUGAGGGGAGCUGAGCAUGCUGCGAUAACAAGAAUCACAUACGAGACUGCUGUUUCUGGGAGUAUCCUAACUCUUGUUUAUGGUGAUAAUGGGAGCAACCUGGCCAAGCUUACAGAGGUAUCUGGUGCUGACAUUAUCGUCUACAAUCCACCUUCCGAGGGCAACGAAGCUAUGAUCGUGGUUUCUGGACCACCGGAUCAGGCACAAUCAGCUCAGCGCCUACUCGUCGAGUUGAUCCUACAGGGACACCCCGGCACCUGCCUUUCUGCUUAAUACGGCAGAUAACCUUGUCGUGAAAUAUACAACGAUGGUUGACGUGCAGACUGUUAGCUGGGGAACUGAAUUUUAUGACUCGAACUGCGUGGGGAAUAUGGAGUUUGAACCAUGUGAUUGAUACGUUGUGUACCUUU